AAGAAAAGUAUCUCUAUAGCAUCAAAAGCAUGAACACUAAAAACGCCCUCUUCUCUGCCACCAAGAUUGGUAAUCUUCAACUUAAACACCGCGUUGUCCUUUGUCCCUUGACACGUUACCGUGCAACAAAAGAAGCUGUCCCCACCGACCUUCAAGUCGAAUAUUACAAGCAAAGAGCCUCAGAAGGAGGUUUAUUAAUCACCGAAGCCACUUUCAUCUCUCCUUCAGCUGGUAGUUAUCCUCAAGCCCCUGGUAUCUUCAGCAAGGAACAAAUCGAAGGAUGGAAAAAGGUUACACAUGCUGUACAUGAAAAGAAAGCCUAUAUUUAUCUCCAACUUUGGCAUAUUGGUCGUGCUGGUUCUCACCUUUUGAAUCCUAACCACGAACCCACUGUUUCUGCAUCUGCUAUUCCUAUCCAAGGUAAAGACAUGUUGGGAAAUGAAUUUGAUACACCCCGUUCUCUUGAAGUCAACGAAAUCAAAUCCAUUGUGCAAGAAUAUCGGCAAGCUUCCUUGAACGCAAUUGAAGCCGGAUUCGAUGGUGUUGAAAUUCAUUCUGCUAAUGGUUAUCUUCUGGAUCAAUUCUUGAACUCUAACUCAAACCAGCGUGCAGAUGAAUACGGCGGUUCUGUUGAGAACAGAGCUCGUUUUACACUUGAAGUGACAGAUGCUGUUGUCGAUGCUGUUGGCCCUGAAAGAACAGGUAUUCGAUUCUCUCCUGGUGGAAGCUUCCAAGACAUGAAGGAUAAAAACCCUGUUGAGACCUGGGGCUAUGUGACUUCCGAACUUCAGAAGAGGCAUCCUGAUUUGGCUUAUGUUCAUUUUAUUGAACCUCGUUCUACUUGGCUUUCAGAUGAUGAUCAAGGACGCUCUGAUUCACUUGAACCCUUCCGUAGACUCUGGCAAGGUCCUUUCAUUAAUUCAAGUGGCUUCUCCAACAACAAGGAUCAUGCUUAUGACAUUGCAGAAAAGACGGGUGAUUUGAUUGCUUUUGGUCGUGCUUUCAUCGCCAAUCCUGAUUUGCCUGAACGUCUCCGCAAUGGCUGGGAAUUGAACAAGUAUGACAGAAGCACUUUCUAUACUCAUGAUGCCAAAGGUUAUGUUGACUAUCCCUUUUACAAUACCGACAAGAAAUAAGCUCUUGUGUACAUAAUUCGUUUUAGAGCUUAUAAUUGUAUACAUAAUAAU